AUGGCGACUCCUGAAGUUGUGCAUCUCCCAUUGCCUCACUUGCCCGAGGGUUGGGACGGCGGUGAUAAAGGCUUCAAAGUCCUCGGCAGCUUGACGCCUGCAAGCCAAAGAACUGUUGAGCCUGUUGGACCGCACUUUUUAGCUCAUGCUCGCAGAAAACGUCACCACCGCACAUUCUCCGAAGACGACCGCAUCCUCGCCCAGGAAAACGUGAAGAAGGUCGAAAAUGAAGAUGAUGGCGAGAUUUCUGAGCCUGAGGACCCAAUUAUGCUCCAGAGAGACGCUAAAGAUUGGAAGGGACAAGAUCACUACGCAGUUCUCGGUUUAAGCAAAUACCGCUACAAGGCUACCAACGAACAAAUCAAGCGUGCGCACCGCAAGAAGGUCCUUCGCCACCAUCCCGAUAAAAAGGCAGCUUCCGGCGAUUCAGACGAGAAUGACAACUUCUUCAAGUGUAUCCAGAAAGCCACAGAGAUCCUGCUUGACCCGGUGCGUCGCCGACAAUGGGAUUCGGUUGACGAGUUGGCCGAUGUUCCGCCACCCGGUCCCAAGAAGAAGGGGGACUUUUUCAAACUCUGGUCCCCGUUCUUCGAAUCUGAGGCACGAUUCUCUAAAAUUACACCUGUGCCAAUGCUGGGUGACGAUAACAGUACAAAGGAGGAAGUUGAGGAGUUUUAUAAUUUCUGGUACAAUUUUGAUAGUUGGAGAUCAUUCGAGUAUGAAGACGAAGAUGUUCCGGAUGACAAUGAGAAUCGUGACCACAAACGUCACGUUGAACGCAAGAAUGCCAACGCGAGACGGAAGAAGAAGACCGAAGACACGGCCCGUCUGCGCAAAACCGUAGAUGAUGCUCUUGCCGCUGAUGCUCGUAUCAAGAAAUUCCGUCGAGAAGAACACGCCAACAAGAACAAGCGCAGACUAGAGCGAGAAGCGGAGGCCAAGCGUCUUGCCGAAGAGAAGGAGAAGGCUAAACUGGAGGAGGAGCGCUUGCAGAGAGAGCGUGAAGAAGCUGCCAAGGCCGAAAAGGCGGAAGGGAAAAAGGCCAAGGAGGCCGCCAAGAACGCUGCGAAGAAGAACAAGCGUGUUUUGAAAGCAAGUGUGAAAGACGUCAACUACUUUGCCGAUUCUGGUGACGCGUCUGUGGCACAGAUUGAUAAUGUGCUGGGGGAUGUGGAACUUAUCAUGGCCAAGAUCAAUAAUGAAGAACUCGCCGCGCUCGCGGGAAAGCUUGGCCAAGCUGGCAAGGACAUGGCCGCUGUCAAGGCGGUGUAUGUCGAAGAAGCGGCGAGAUUGGUCGGAGCAGGUCAGAUAAAGGAUGCAGAUAUCAAGAUCUUCAAAGCUUAG